AAAAAAAAGCUUCACUGUAACUCUCUAACACAUUCAUUUAAAACGCGCCAUUACCUUAUCACACCACUCUUCUCACCUCUCUCUUCUCUCUAACUCUCCGAACAUGACAGACGACAGAGUCUACCCCGCGUCAAAACCUCCCGGCGCAGCCACCACCAACCCAACUUUCCCGGCUAACAAAGCUCAGCUCUUCAACGCAAACCGCCCCGCGUACCGCCAACCGCCCUCCCGCCGCCGCACACAUUCCCGCGGAUGCUGCUGCCGCUGCUGCUGCUGGACGAUCUUCCUCCUCAUCCUCCUCAUCCUCCUCGCCGCCGCCGCCUCCGCCGUCGUCUACCUUAUCUACCGUCCGCAACGCCCCACCUUCACCGUCUCCUCCCUCAGAGUCUCCUCCCUCAACUUCACCUCCGCCAACCACCUCACCACCGCCAUCUCCCUCUCCGUCGUCGCCAAGAACCCCAACAAGAACGUCGCCUUCGACUACGGCGUCACAGACAUCACCGUCUUCAAAACCUCCCCCGGAGACGACGACGAUGACGUCGUCAUCAUCGGUAAAGGCACGGUCGCUCCGUUUCUCCACGGGAAGAAGAACACGACUCUGCUGAAGUCGACGAUCGGGAGCCCUCCCGGAGAUCUUGAUGAGCUCUCGGCGGGGAAGCUUAAGGGAGAGCUGAAGGCGAAGAAGGCCGUGGCGGUUAAGAUUGUGCUCGAUACGAAGGUGAAGGUGAAGAUGGGAUCUGUGAAGAGUCCUAAGUCGGGGAUUAGGGUUACUUGCGAAGGGGUUAAAGUGGUGGCUCCGAGUGGGAAGAAGGCGACGACGGCUGUUACUUCGGUGGCUAAGUGUAAGGUUGAUCUUAGGAUCAAGAUCUGGAAAUUCACUUUUUAA